AUGGGUGUUCCGGCUCUUUUCCGUUGGCUCUCCAACAAAUACCCAAAAAUCAUCUCUCCCGUCAUAGAGGAGCAACCAUACGAAGUCAAUGGCGAAGUGAUUCCCGUUGAUACGACCAAGCCAAAUCCCAAUGGCGAGGAAACGGACAACUUGUACCUGGAUAUGAAUGGUAUUGUCCAUCCGUGUACACAUCCCGAGGGCAAGCCCCCGCCAGCAAACGAGCAGGAGAUGAUGCUGGAGAUCUUUCGUUACACCGAUCGAGUGGUGAACAUGGUUCGCCCGAGGAAGCUUUUGAUGAUCGCAGUUGAUGGUGUCGCACCCCGUGCGAAGAUGAACCAACAACGCUCUCGACGAUUCCGCUCUGCGCAAGAAGCUAGGGAGAACGAUCAAAAAAAGGAAGAAUUUCAAAAACUGCUGGUCAAACAAAAUGCUGCUAAGGGAAUUGAUCCGGACAAAGAUAUCAAGGAACAGGUCAUUCAGAAAACAUGGGAUAGUAAUGUGAUUACUCCCGGUACUCCGUUCAUGGAUAUCCUCUCCGCAUCUCUACGUUACUGGAUUUCUUACAAGCUGAACACCGACCCCGCAUGGGAAAAGAUGAAAAUCAUCAUUAGUGAUGCCACCGUUCCCGGAGAGGGCGAACACAAGGUUAUGAAUUUUAUUCGGUCUCAACGACAGGAUCCCAGUCACGAUCCGAAUACUCGCCACGUCCUGUAUGGAUUGGAUGCAGACUUGAUUAUGCUUGGUCUUGCAACUCAUGAACCACAUUUCCGAGUUCUGCGUGAAGACGUUUUCUUUCAGGAGUCGAGGCCCAGAACAUGCCGCCUUUGUGGCCAACCUGGUCAUAAAGCCGAGGAAUGUAGAGGCGAGGCCAAAGAGAAGAAUGGCGAGUUCGAUGAGAAACAGAAAGCUGCGCCUCUGAAGCCUUUCAUCUGGCUAAACGUUUCCGUGCUUAGGGAGUAUCUUGCUGUUGAGCUCCAAGUUCCCCAGCAGCGAUUCCCGUUUGACUUGGAACGAGCCCUGGAUGAUUGGGUGUUCAUGUGUUUCUUCGUCGGAAACGAUUUCUUGCCCCAUCUUCCUUCUCUGGAUAUUAAGGAAAAUGCAAUUGACCUGUUGAUUUCUAUUUGGAGAGAAAACAUUCCACUCAUGGACGAUUAUGUCACGAAGGACGGUAUUGUCAACUUCAACCACGCCCAACUCAUCCUGAAUGGCCUGGGUAAGCAAGAAGAUGGAAUUUUCAGAAGAAGAAGACAAGCGGAAGAAAGAAAGGCUGCCAAUGAACAGCGUAGGAAGGAAGAAGAAAAAGCACGCAAUGCAGAACGAUCACAGAAGCGCCGGAGAAGCUCGCCAGAUUAUACAGCCGGGGAGGCAGGUCUCUCUGCUCCACCAGCCAAAGGUCGGAAGUCAGGAGAGGGUUUCAUCGCGUCAACAGAAGUGACAUUAAUCACUCCAAGCCGAGGACACCUCGACAAAGAGACAAGGCAAUUGACACACAGCAUGGUUGUUAAUCGAUCGGCCAUUUACAAAGCUAAUGAGGCGAACAAGAGUGCUGCUGCUGCGUUGAAAAGCCAGUUACUGAAAGGAAAAGUGCCAACCAAUGCUGAAACUGAGACUACCAAUAGUGAGAUCCCAAGUGGAGAAGAGGAAUCAUUGGAAACUUCGCCGUCCGUUUUGGGCAAGAGAAAGGUCGAGGAUCUAACUGAUGCGGAUAAUGGGACACCCGGCAGAGACUCGCCAGUAGCAGCUGGACCCGCAAAGCCGUCAGAUGAGUUACCUCCAGACACAGUACGGUUAUGGGAGUCUGGGUAUACCGAAAGGUACUACGAACAAAAGUUCCAUGUCGAUCCUAGUAAUGUCGAGUUCCGCUAUCAGGUUGCAAGAUCAUAUGCCGAAGGUCUGCAAUGGGUCCUUCUCUACUACAUGCAAGGAUGUCCUUCUUGGACCUGGUACUACCCGUACCAUUAUGCACCUUUUGCUGCAGACUUUGUUGAUAUUGGUAGUAUGAAACCAAGCUUUGAGAAAGGCAAACCGUUUCGGCCUUUUGAACAACUGAUGGGAGUUCUACCAGCAUCGUCAAAUCAUGCUAUUCCGGAAAUUUUCCAUGAUUUGAUGUCGGAUCCGAACAGCGAGAUCAUCGAUUUCUAUCCGGAAGAUUUCCCCGUCGAUCUGAACGGCAAGAAAUUUGCAUGGCAAGGAGUUGUUUUACUUCCAUUCAUCGAUGAAACUAGACUACUCGCUGCAAUGGAGAAGAAAUACCCAUUGUUGAGUGCAGAUGAGCACGCCCGUAACACAGUUGGUACUGAUGUUCUCCUAAUUUCCGACCAACAUCCGUUGUAUCAGGAACUUGCAGCAAAUUUCUACAGUAAAAAGCAGAGCACAUCGAAGUUCGCUCUGGACAUGCGUGUUAGUGAAGGAUUGGCAGGGAAGGUAGAACGGGACGACAAUCACAUUCCUCACAGCUCUCUUGACCCUCCUUAUGAUGUUGAUAUGCCAUCUCUAGAUGAGAACAGGUCUAUGAUGGUCAACUACGAGAUUCCAAAGUCAACCCAUCUACACAAAUCCAUGCUCCUUCGGGGAGUGCGAUUUGCACCUCCAGCCCUAGAUCAAGGAGAUAUCUCUGCUGUUCGAAAUAAAUCUCGAUUCAACGGACGGGGAGGUUUCAGGCCCAACAAUGGUGGCGGCAGAGGCGGUAAUCAAUACAACCAGUACAACGCUCCAAGGCCAGGCAUGAACGACCGAGCGAACCCAUUUGCAGCGCAUUUGGACCCAUCCUUUGUCCCUCCGCCUCAGGGCGGAGCUAGUGGAUGGGCUCCUCCUGCAGGUGGUUCUGGUUACUCUCGCGGCCCUCCACCUCCCCCACGCGGUGGCAGUCAUGGUUAUCAGAACCAGCCACAGGGCUACAAUCAGUCCGGUUACUAUGGUCAAGACAACAGCUACCAGCGUGGUCAGAAUCAGUAUAACUACUCGGCUCCUCCUGCGGACUAUAACCAGCAAGGAUAUUACAAUGCGCAACGAGGCGGUGGCGGUAAUCGAGGAGACUCAAGAGGCUACAACAACAACAGAGGUGGCUACCAAUCUCAGAGCCGUGGCGGGUACAACUCUAGGCGUAGCGAUGGCUACGAUCGAUACUAG